AUCAAGGUUCGUGGUGCCCUCAAUGUGCUUAUACUUGGAGUUAUACUCUUGAAGAUGCUAAACGAAUAGCAUUAUCUAGACAUGGACAAUGCCUUUCAAACAAGUAUAUCAACAUUAAAUUACCAUUAUUGUGGCGUUGUAUUAAAGGGCCUGAAUGGAAAGCAAAUUUUGGACAUAUUAGAGAGGGCCAUUGGUGUCCAUACUGUGCGGGCAAUGCAAAACUUACUCUUGCAAAUGCUAAACAAAUUGCAAUAAAAAAUGGUGGUUUAUGUGUUUCAGAAAAAUAUAUUAAUAGCAAUUCAAUACGCCGAUCUGAUUUUCUUAAAACAUCAGAGCAUUCAAGAGGAUUAGAACUUGAUAUUUAUUACCCGGAAUACGGUUUUGCAAUCGAAGUACAAGGGCAACAGCAUGAAAAAUAUAUCAAAUUCUUUCACAGAAGCGAUCCCAAUAAUUUUAUCAAACAGCAAGCACAGGAUCAACUCAAGAAAGAAUUAUGCGAAGAAAACUGGAUUGCCUUG